AUGGCCCGAAGAUCCUCUACUGAGCGCAACUCUAACACACUGUCUGACAACCUCAUAAUCUCUGUUCUCAAUUCCCCCACUUCUACCUCGCCGUCUCCUGAGCCUCACUCUUCUGUAUCAACCAUGGUCGGCCGCAAGAACGGGCGCCGUAGCCCACAGACUGGCGCUUCUGUGGACGUUACCUAUACUCCCACCACCCACCGCAUCAGCAAAGCGAAGAAGGGAAAGCGUGUACACGCCUGCGAGUUCCCUGGUUGCAGCAAGGUCUUCACUCGUGCCGAGCACCGCAGACGCCAUGAACUGAAUCACAACCCCGAAGCUUCGUACCGCUGUACCGAGAGUGGCUGCAAGAAGGCUUUCCACCGGCCGGAUUUGCUGGCGCGCCACAUGGAGAGACAUGAGCUCGAGUCACAACCGGAGUCCCAAUGGGCUUUGCACCGCCAGGCUCCCGUCAUGAAUGACCCUACUUCCGUUCCCCACUGCUUGCCCAUGGAUAGCGCAUCUCUCCUCGCCACCACUCCCCAGCAAUCGAACUCCAUGUCGAUUGGGUCUCUCGUUGCUCCCGGCGUGCACCCGGAGCUCGCCAGUGACGGCUCUCUGGUGUGGAACGGCAUGGAUCUCCCUCUGCAGCAGCGCCCAUCAGCCAAUCUGUUCCAGAAUCACCUCCCCGAAACCAUCGACGACAGUCCCUUUUACUCUUCGCCUGCAGAGACCUGCCCCUCGCCUCUAUCUGACGCGACAUUUUCCCUCCCCCCUCACUCCAGCUCCUCAAUCUCCUCCGCAUCCGUUUCGGUCAUUGAACAGUACCCCAAAAGCAUCUUGAAAAACGAUAUCACCUCAUCCCCGCUGCAGAUGCAUUCACCAUUGCGAUGGGACGGCCAUGAUGGUCUGUCGCCUUCACACCUUGUGCCCAUUUCUCUGGAAGAGAACCUGGUCCAGCCUCCAGUUCAAUGCCACUACCCUUCCCCGUCUUGGUCCAGCGCCGACUGCCUGCCAUACGACGAGCAUGUGCACUCUCUGGCUCACUUCCAGCCCAUGAACUGGAAGCAGUGGGCCAUGUGA